AUGCAUGAUAAAUGGGUCUAUCGUAGUAAAGCUGUUACAGAGGGACAUAAUUUAAUUAAAAUUGAUGAAAACCCAGAGAUAGAUGUAAGAAAUACAUUAGAUCAAGAAAGACAAAGGCAGAUUUUAGAAAAUAAACUUAGAUUGAAACCCAUUAUCGAGUCAGUAAUCUUUUUGGAACGACAAAAUAUUCCUUUUAGAGGUCAUAGACAUCGAGGAUCUCUUGUCAUUUCCGAAGGUUUUUCUGAAGAUGAGGAUAGUCUUGUAAAUAAUGAAGGUAACUUUCGUGAAUUAAUUAAAUUUAGAAUAGAGAGUGGUGAUGUAUUAAAAAAACAUUUAGAAAACACUUCAUCUCGUGCAACCUAUAUUAGUAGUUAUACGCAAAAUGAAAUAAUUGAAUUCUGUUGUGAGAAGAUUUUAGAAACCAUUUUACAACGAGUAAAUAAAAGUCAAUUUUAUAGUGUAAUAUUUGACGAAACCACGGACCUAAGUCAUAAAUCACAAAUGUCAAUAAUCUUAAGAUACUGUUACGAAGAUUUCGUAGGUUUUAUUGAUUAUCACGCAAUGUUUGAUGAGGACACAUUAGAACCAACGGUUAGUGGUAAAAUUUUGGCUCAAAUCUAA